UAUAUAUAUGAGAAUAGAGAGAGAGGGAGAGAGGGACAACUAAGUAGUAGUAGUUAGCAGCAGCAGCAGCAGGCUGCUUAGGCCAUAAGAUGAUGAGGUUCCCUUCUCAUCAUCGUCCCCUUCUUCUCCUCUUUCUUGUUCUUGUCACUGUUCUCACUGAACUGAAGUGGGUUAAGUGUCAAGGCCAUGAUUACCAGGACGCAUUGUCCAAGUGCAUCUUAUUCUUUGAAGGGCAGCGCUCUGGGUUUCUACCGGCGGAUCAGCGGCUAACGUGGCGAGGGAAUUCAGGCCUUGGUGACGGUUCGGCGAGCAGUUUGGACCUUACCGGUGGGUACUAUGACGCCGGUGACAACAUAAAGUUUGGGUUCCCCAUGGCUUUCACCACUACAAUGCUGGCCUGGAGUGUCGUUGAGUUUGGAGACUCUAUGCCUUAUUUUCAACUACGCGAAGCCCUCGUCGCCGUCCGUUGGGCCACUGAUUACCUUCUCAAGACUGUCUCCCAACCUGACCGUGUUUUUGUUCAGGUGGGUGACCCAAUCAUAGACCACAACUGCUGGGAGAGACCAGAGGACAUGGACACAGCUCGAACAGUUUACAGUGUGGACACGACGCGACCUGGUUCGGACGUGGCUGGUGAGACAGCGUCAGCCUUGGCUGCCGCUUCCAUGGCUUUUAAAUCAUCUGACCCUGGUUACUCCGAUACCCUUUUGCGCACUGCGGUCAGGGUCUUCCAAUUUGCCGACAACUAUAAAGGAGCUUAUAGUGAUAACCCCGACGUCAGAUCCGGCGCCUGCCCCUUUUACUGUGACUUCGAUGGGUAUCAGGAUGAGUUGCUGUGGGGAGCAGCGUGGAUGAGGAGAGCUUCUCAGGACGAUUCUUAUCUCAAUUAUAUUCAGAACAAUGGGAAAACACUCGGCGCUGAUGAAAAUAUUAACGAAUUCGGAUGGGACAACAAACACGCCGGCCUCAACGUUCUCAUCUCCAAGGAAUUCUUGGAACGAAAUGUGUACUCCCUGGAGUCGUACAAAGCAUCCGCGGAUAGCUUUAUCUGCACAAUCAUACCAGAGUCAUCGUCUUCCCACAUAGAAUACACUCCAGGUGGUCUCAUCUACAAGCCAGGUGGAAGCAACAUGCAACACGUCACCUCCAUAGCCUUCUUACUCCUCGUCUACGCCAAUUACCUCUCUCGUUCAUCACAGACCCUCAACUGUGCUGGUAUCACAGUGGGCCCAGACACCCUCCGUCAACUGGCCAAGCGACAGGUGGAUUACAUCCUUGGGGAUAACCCGAUGGGUAUGUCUUAUAUGGUCGGCUAUGGGUCCAAUUAUCCACAACGUAUCCAUCACAGAGGCUCAUCCUUACCGUCGGUGAAGGACCAUCCUCAAUUCAUUGCUUGCAAGGAAGGGUCCGUCUACUUCAAUUCAUCGGAUCCUAACCCAAACGUUCUUAUCGGGGCAGUCGUUGGGGGACCCGGCGAGGAUGAUGUUUAUGAGGAUGACCGGGCCGACUUCCGGAAGUCCGAACCCACUACUUACAUUAAUGCUCCUUUGGUUGGUGUGCUUGCUUACUUGGCGGCAAACCCUAACCCUACUUAGAUUAUUGCAGUUUACAUUCUCAAUAAUCUCAGCUGGGCGGGUGGAAGACUAACCAAACCCGGCGACCAGACACCCACGUGGAUAACCAAGUAAGAUCACAGCUCAGAGAAGGGGAAAUAGAUUUUUUUUUGAUAAAUUAGGACAGGAAAAUUGAAAAAAUAAAAAGGAAAAAAAAAAUUAGAAGCCUCUCAUCUGGUGGGUAGCCAAGAAGGAAGAGGAAUUAAUUAAUGCCUUUUUUUUUUUUCAAUCUCAAAAUGUUUGUAGCUUGUGACAUGUAAUCUGUGACCUGUGGAGAGGUGAAAAUGUUGAACAACUUGUUCCCUCCC